UGACUGGUCGGUUGUUUAGUCAAAUUAUACAGUGUACCAAUUCAAACGUAUUUAACUCGGAUAUCCCAUUUUUGUCACCAGUUUUCCCCUGAUCUAUUUCUAUUGGAGAAAGACCAUUUUUGGCGAAAGCUCUCCAAAAAGGACUUUUUAACAGGUGACUUUCAAUCGGCUAUAGAAGACAUUUCAUGAUGACCGACAAUAACCUGAUUGAAAUCGCAAAUAAAGAUGAGGAUGGUGCUAGAACAAAUGAAAAUGAUACUGACAGCCCGAUUGGAGACGAAAAGUCUAAACUCAAAGGAAAUGAUACUGGAGACCCUGAUACUAGCCAAGCCGCUGAUUACAAGGAUGAAGCAAAGAAAUUGCGCAGACUGCUGAGGCUUUACUUCUAUUCAGCAUUCAAAUUUAAGGCGAAUACAUGCCAAUUUCAUUUAAUUUACUGUUUCGUCUUCCUGGUGCAAAUAAUAAAAGUUGCUUUAAUUACUAGUCAGUUGUUCAAAUUUGGAAAUGACCGAGGAAACUUUAGCUCAGUUGUCGACAGAGGCCAUCUUGUCCUUCGACAUCUUCUUUUAGAAAAUUGGGAUGCUAGCUGGGAAACGUUGCCAUAUCCUCCUGCACACGGUGACUUUGCCGUGUAUACUAUUGAUGAUCUCGAGAAGGGUAUUAACUAUGCUGUUAAAAAUUAUUAUAACGCAGAAAGAGAAGCCAUUGGGUACUAUGUUCGAACAGCAGACGACAAAAUGACAGCAACAAUGAAAUAUUUUGACUUUCCCGGUUUUCAUGGUGCGAGUAUUGGAGACAGAAUAACCAUAUCUGAGAAACACUUUAGAAUCGACAAAGGACUGACAGAAGAAGUAACGAAUGAAAAUGAGACAGUAUACAGUUAUAAUAUAUCCCGUGAAUUUGCCUAUCAAAAUCUGUCACAACCAGUAAAAAGGAUGUUGUCAACAACACUUCACUUUAAGCUCCAUUCUGUACGUUCACACGAAAGCAGCAGGAAGGCAACGUGUCUACGAAUAGAGGGCUGCGUGAGUGUAUUUUCUCUUUCUUACAACUGCAUCGAGAUUACAAUUGGAGUAAUCAAGUUACUUUGA